CCCUCAGUCUUGCACAGGUGUACCAGCUCCUCCCACUCAGUCUUGCACAGGUGUACCGGCCCCUCCCCCCAGUCUUGCACAGGUGUACCAGCUCCUCCCUCUCAGUCUAGCACAGGUGUACUGGCUCCUCCCCCUCAGUCUUGCACAGGUGUACCGGCUCCUCCCCCUCAGUGUACCAGCUCCUCCCCCUCAGUCUUGCACAGGUGUACCGGCUCUUCCCCCUCAGUCUUGCACAGGUAUACCGGCUCCUCCCCUUCAGUCUUGCACAGGUGUACCGGCUCCUCCCCCUCAGUCUUGCACAGGUGUAACGGCUCCUCCCCUUCAGUCUUGCACAGGUGUACUGGCUCCUCCCCUGGACUGGAAUGGCUUCCUCUGAUGUCACUGCACACUGGGAGCUUCUCACAAUGUGCA